AUGGGUUCCGGACGCCACUGGAACCCCUCUGCGGGGCGCCAAGAGUCGAGCCCGCGUCCAGCCCAGAGACAGGGUUUGGAGGCGGCCACCAAGGACCCUCCGCGGGAGAGCUCGGAGCACGCGGGCCAGAGUCUCACGCAGUCACUGAGCCAUCUUGAGCUAAUUUUUGUAUAUUGUACACUAAGUGAAAAACAACAUGACAUUUCUCAGGACUACUUUCCAUGGUUGAGCAAGGUGAUGACAGCUAAGGUGGUUGUUGGGGGCUGCAAUGUUGAUCAAACCCACUUUGCUGAGAAAGAGCUAGAAAACCUGAAGCUAUUGAAGGAGCAGCAUAGAGCUAAACCAAUUAACCUGGUGCCAAGACAACUAGGUGGAAGCCAAUCAGAAGCUGAAGUCAGGCAGAAGCAACAAUGGCAGCUGAUGCAAUCUAAAUACCAACAAAAGCUAAAAAGAGAAGAAUCUAUAAGGAUCAAGAAGGAAGCCGAAGAAGCUGAAAUCCAAAAAAUGAAGGCAAUUCAGAGAGAGAAGAGCAAGAAACUAGAGGAGAAAAUGAGACUUCAGGAAAAACUCAAAAGAGAACAUCAACAAUUCAAAACUGCUCAAUUCUUGAGCCAACUGGAUACAGAAUUUCCAAACAGAAGCACCCGUACAAUUUCUUUUCGUGAUCCACAAUCCUCAAUAUGGGUCAGAAGCCAGGAUUAUAAGGAUUCACUGAAGGAGGAAGAAAACCGGAAAUUGCAGAAAAUGAAGGCUGAGCUGCGCCAAAAGCAUCGGGGGUUGCCGAGGGUAAAUAAUGCUUUCCUGGACCGACUCCAAGGCGAAAGUCAACCAGGUGGCCUCUAGCAGUCUGGAGGCUAUUGGAAUAUGAAUCAUGGUAACAGCUGGACAUGCUUUUUUCUAAAUGCGAUUUUGUUCAGCUUAACUGUUUUUACUUUUACAACUGCCCAUCCACUCAAUUUAGCAGCUGGGAAGGACUGGUUUCUCCCUGUCAUUAUUUAUGCAUGUUUUCGGGAGCUGAUUACUGAACUCAUAUUCAAUCUCUAA